CCGUGCCCGUGAGGCGGCCUCGGCCCGGCCGCGGCCUUGUGGCGGCCGUGCUGCGUGGGAUGGCGCCGUGUCCCGACAAGAAGGGAUGGAAACGUGGGGAUGCGGCCUGUCCACCCGGGCUGGUGCGCUUUCAGCUGUCUCCCUGUUCUGUGAUCGGGACAGUGAAGGGUGUGCUUUUUCUUUUAAACCCGCCCUUGUUAGAGUUUCUGAUUCCAACGCAAUCUCCGGAAAGGCACGUGUGCCCUGCAGGGUUUGGGUGAUAAGUUUGAGGCGGCCUUAGCUGGCACGGAGGAGCAAAUGGGAGACUCGCACUUACUAUGUCCCCUUCCUUUACAGCCAUCUCCCUAAUAGCAGCCCCUCCAGACAUGGCCUCAAAGAGAGCAUUGGUGAUUCUGGCUAAAGGGGCAGAGGAGAUGGAAACUGUAAUCCCCACUGAUGUUAUGAGACGAGCUGGGAUCAAGGUGACUGUUGCAGGCCUAACAGGAAAAGAACCAGUGCAGUGCAGUCGAGAUGUCUUCAUUUGUCCCGAUGCCAGUCUUGAAGAUGCCAGAAAAGAGGGGCCUUACGAUGUUGUGGUCCUGCCUGGAGGGAACCUUGGAGCUCAAAACUUGUCUGAGUCUGCUGCUGUGAAAGACAUUUUGAAGGACCAGGAAAGCAGAAAAGGCCUGAUUGCUGCAAUAUGUGCAGGUCCUACUGCCCUUCUGGCACAUGGCAUAGGGUAUGGAAGCAAAGUCACAACGCAUCCUUUGGCCAAAGACAAAAUGAUGAAUGGAGCACACUACUCCUACUCGGAGAGCCGCGUGGAGAAGGACGGCAACAUCCUCACCAGCCGUGGGCCCGGCACCAGCUUUGAGUUUGGCUUGGCCAUUGUGGAAACACUGCUGGGGAAGGAAGUGGCUGAACAGGUGAAGGCGCCUCUAAUACUGAAAGAGUGAAAGCCUGGUGUGGGAUAGGGACUAGGACAAAUUUAGAUAGUCUUAUCCUUUGUAGAAUGACUGUAAUGUGCAGUGUUGUAAAUACACUUCGAUUGUGGGUGAAAUUAAUAAUAACUGUACUUACCUGAACUGGGAUACCUUAACAAACCAAAGGUCUUCAUUUCUGGAAAAAGAUCGUCUUAGCAAAAAGCUUCAUCACAAAAAAAUCAGCCAGCAUCUAAUAAUCCUAGUUAGUUCUUGGAUGGCAUUUAAAAAUCACAUGGAAAAAUGUUUGCUGAGUAAAUAAAAAUGGAGCA